AAAAUAUAUAGUUAGGUUAUGUUCAUUGUAGAUUAUACAGGAAAGUUUGUUUGUUUACAAUGUCCAAAGAAGUAAAAGAUAAUUGUACCUUUACUUUUAAAAAAAGAAAAUUUACGAGUAGAGGUCAACGAAAAAGACAAGCUUCCGAUUCUGAUAAAGAAAAGUCUAGCAGUGAGGAAGAACAAACAGUAAUAAAAACAUCUAAACGAAAGUCGAAGAUAAACCCGAAUGUACAAAGCACAAGUAAAAUUGUUAAAUCCAAGCUACAUGAAAAUGGAAGUUCCAGCGAAGACAGUGAUGAAGUAAUGGUUAGUUACAAAUCUAAAAGAUCAGCAAUGCCGAGUGGGCCACAGGAUCAAGGAGCGACUGCUACAUUGGAAAUUGAAACUGAGAAAGACCGGGAUGCACAAGCUAUUUUUGAAAAAAGAUUGGAAAUAAAUAAAGAUUUAGAAGGAAAGGAGGACGAUAAAGUAUACAGGGGUAUUAAUAAUUAUACUCAAUACUAUAAGCCCAAAGAUACAGCUGCUGGAAAUGCUAGCUCAGGUAUGGUCAGAAAAGGUCCAAUAAGAGCUCCAGCAAACUUAAGAGCAACAGUAAGAUGGGAUUACCAGCCAGAUAUUUGUAAGGAUUACAAGGAAACAGGUUUUUGUGGUUUUGGAGAUAGUUGUAAGUUUUUGCAUGACAGAAGUGAUUACAAGCAUGGAUGGCAAUUGGAAAGAGAGUGGAAUGAGGGAAAAUAUGGUCAGGCAAGUGAUGAUGAUGAAGAUGCAACAUAUGAAAUACAUUCUGAUGAGGAGGAUCUUCCGUUUAAAUGUGUUAUUUGUAGAGGAAGUUUUGUGGACCCUGUUGUUACAAAAUGUAAGCACUAUUUUUGCGAAAAAUGUGUUGUGGAAAGAUCCAAGAAAACCACUAGAUGUUUUGUAUGCAAUGUCCCAACUCAGGUUUUUAAUCCAGCUAAAGAACUAAUAUCAAGAUUAAAUAAACUUAAAAAUAAAGAGGAAAAACAGGAUGAGGGAUCAUCUUCUGAUUAAUAAAUUGUAAAUUAAAAAUCAUUCUAUUAAAAAAUAUAUUAAUAAAAACAAAUGCCCACAACCUAUUUAGUUUUUCUUUUUUCUGUAUCAUUUUUCUUAGAUUCAGUCUUCUUGUCUUUUUUCUUGGGAGCAAAACGUAAAAUAACUGAAGCCAUCAAUCCAGAAACAAAUGUCCCCAGUCCAACCAUCCACAACCAUUGGUUUUGCCUCAAAUAAUCCACAAUUAAAGCUAUCAAGUCAUCAAACGGCGACUUUGGCAAAGGUACCCUCUCAGGCUUGACAUUCUUGUAAAACUCUCUAGCAAAGCUAACAAAAGAUUGAACAUCAUAUUUUUGUAUCUGAUAACGGUACAUCUUUCCUUGUCUGAACAAAAUAAAUGCUGGCACAUUAAAAACUUCAAAUCUUCUGGCUGUAGCUGCCCCAGUUGUGCCUCUGUUCACUCUGGCCACAUUUAAACGUAAUUUUAAUUGAGCCCCAACAGCCUCCCAUCUUGCCUGCAACCUCUGACAAUCCACACACUCAGAGGUGUAGAAUAAAACAAACCAAUCACCUGUUGUAGCCCCUGUUGCGGCCUGAGUUAAAUGCUCAAAGUUAUCAUCAGUCAAUUCCUUGGUCAGUGGAUCCUUGUUGCUUGAAAAUGUAUGCAUAAUCAUUUCAUCAUUCAAAGGACCAUCAUACAAUAAUGGAACACCAUUUCUGAAGAACACUAAUGCAGGCUCCUUAUUGGGGCUGUAUAGCCUUGUCAUCUGGCUGUUUACAACUUUUACGACCCAUGCGUUUAAUGUUUCCACAAGAUCUUCUCGCAAACUAACUAACUCGUUUUCGUAUUUAUCGCAUUCUUCACAGUGGUUUAGAGUAAAUAGACACACAACAUAUUUUUCGGUUCUAAUUAAAUUCAUUAAUUCGUCAUCUUGAAUUAACUCUAAGGCUCCUUUAGCACCGUAAGAAAAUUGUAUGAACAAUAAACUGUACACAAUUAGUUUAAACAUAUUUGUAAUUAGGUAAACAAGACUUUUUAUAACAUUUCUCGUAAACGUCAAACCAUUUUUUGAAGACGUGUGACUUUUUAGUGAUAUUUUUGCUGUU